AUGGGCCUGUGCAAAUGUCCUAAACGAAGAGUAACCAACCAAUUUUGUUUUGAACACAGAGUUAAUGUUUGUGAAUAUUGUAUGGUGACAAACCAUCCAAAGUGUAUCAUUCAAUCUUAUCUUCAAUGGUUGCAAGACAGCGAUUAUAAUCCUAUUUGUGAAAUUUGCACAAAAAGUUUAGCAGAAGUAGAAUGUAUCCGGCUUACUUGUUAUCAUGUUUUCCAUUGGGAAUGUGCCGAGUCUCGGUACAGAGCUCUUCCUCAUACAACGGCGCCUGCAGGUUACCAGUGUCCAUCUUGCGCCUCUCCUGUAUUUCCUCCACCAAAUUUAGUAUCACCUGUGGCUGAUGUUUUAAAAGAAAAAUUAGCUGGAGUAAAUUGGGCUAGAGCAGGGCUUGGCCUCCCACUACUUUCAGAUGAACAAGACCUAAAAGGUGCAUCUUCUCGAAGAAGUCAGUCUCCAUUGGAAUCCCAUUACUUUUCAAAUAGUAUUGACUCCCAAAGGGGCACCCCUGCUGGUGCUAGUGAUGAUGAAGUUGUAAGCAGGUCAGCAAACAGCACACCGCAUUCCAUUGUGCAAAUAUCAGAUGAACCUGUCAAUAUAUUUGACAAUAGUUCUGUAAAAAGAGCAGAAAAUCUACAAGGUGCUCAAGUACCAAGGAAAACAUACAAAAUUGAUGAACAUUCCAGACCACUUCUUAACUUUGACCAUGAUGAAAAUAAAUAUAAACAGAAGUCUACCUUUGCUUGGAUUAGUAGGUGGUGGAAAAAUUCUUUACCCUCAUCCCGCAUAAGACGAAGUGGAGGUAUUUAUAAACGUUACUGGAUUGCCUUAAUUAUUGUUUUUGUGCUGCUUACCAUACUAUGGCUUCUCAGUAAACGAGAUGUGGAUGAUGUAAAUCCGUUUGGUGGUAUAGAAGAUGAUGAUAGAAGAAUAUUACAGAAAAACUAA